AUGCGAUCUUUUCAUACACCCUUAACGGUUAUCGAGAACCUUUCAAGAAAUCGAGGUGACUUGCCUGCGGUGCGAUAUGCAGAUCCAGGUCUAGUGAGUAGUGGGUACAAGACCAUCUCUUACGCAGAAUAUUGGAAUGAUAUCGAGAAUGCGGCAUAUAUCUGGCUUUCCAUACUAUCCAAGGCCGGAGUGGCCAAGGGAUCUGUAGUUGGGCUCUGGAUGAAAGGAUGGUCCUACCAGGACCUUCUGCACUAUCUCUCCCUGCAAAGAGCCGGCUUUAUUCCUCAAUUAUUCUCACUCCGCAUGACGGACCCAUCAAUGAUCUUUGAGCUUAUGGUUAAAAGCAAAGCUUCAGCCUUGAUCCAUGAACCCAGUUGCGAGACUUUGGUGCAGGGCUGUCCAGUCCCCACAUUAUCCACUGAUGUUUGGGAUACAAUUCCUGCACCAGAUACGCAGCUUGAUCGGACCACAACCUCCUUGAACCCUGAUCAAGUCUCUGUCAUCUUCCAUACUUCUGGGUCGACUUCGGGAAUGCCAAAGCUAGUACCAGCCACAGUGAAGUGGAUGGACUGUUUGAUCCGUAAAAGUAAACCCGGUCUUGGGAGUGAUCCUCAGAUGGUUUAUAACCUCAUGGGCUCUCACGCGCAUUUGGGCAACACAAUCAAUCUCACAACAGUGAUAGCCAAGGCAGGGUGCUUAAUCCCACCGACUUCAGUACCUUAUCCGACUUCAGAAUUACAAAGCAUGAUUUCGGAAGGAGGCUUGACGGUGUUGAACAUCUUUCCUGCUCUUCUUUCAAAUAUCCUCCGGGAUGCACGCCAGGACGAGAAGCUACUCGCACAGCUCCAGAGUUUGGAGUCAAUCGACCAUGCUGGACAAAUCCUUGAACCAGCUGACGACGCAUGGGCUCGUGGUCAAGGAAUCAACCUCCUAAACAAAUACGGCUCGACGGAGAUAGGCUUGUCGAUGCUUUCUACCAAAACAUCGCCACAUCUUGUCCCAUUCCCAGAGUCCGGAUGCGAUUUCAUUCCUCUGGGCGAAGCCUCCUCCUCACCAGAUCAACUCCUUGAACUUGUUAUUCCUCCCGAAGCAGACGACUGCCCGCAUCCCUCUCUCAGAAGUGAGCUGGACGGCAAGUUUCACACUGGCGACGUCUUCCAGCGUGUUGGCACCAAUCAGUAUCUGUACAAAGGACGAGUCGACGACAGGAUCAAGAUGCAGCUAUCUCUAAUUUGCGACGCUGGUUCCCUCGAGAGCGAAGCCAUGCAGGUUUGCGAGAGAGAUCUCAUCAGUACAGUAUCAGUCAUAGGCUCUGGGCGUCCAACCCCCGCGAUGGUGGUUGAGCCGAAGAACGAUGAUAUUCUGUCGUCGGGCACUGAGAAGUUAUUGGAGUUUAAGAUGCAGAUUGUGGAUAGAAUCGCGCCAUUUCACAAGCGGAAGUAUUUGCACGAACGGAUUGAUGAUGCGCGCCUAGUCUUUGUGGUGCCGCAAGGGACAUUGCCGCGAACAGCGAAAGGGAAUGUGAUGCGGAAGGCUGUGGAGAAACAGUUCUCUAAGGAACUGGAUGAGGUUUAUUAG